AUAUAUCGGUAGCUCUAUAUAUUUACCUACAUAUAUGAAUAUACAGUUUAAACGAUUAUGGAAAUUUUGUAUGAUUUCAAGGCGAUGUGGAAAAUUAUUUUUGUUAUCUGGGUAAUCUGGGAAAUGCCUCAAGCCUUUUCUCGUGAGCCUAAUGUACCUGUAGGACCAGGACAAAAUGGCUUCCAAUCCGUGUACUCUAACCACCGCCUUGCCAAUUCAAAACACCCAUUGAAAUAUUACAUGGAUGAACUAUGUACUUCAGAUAAAUCAUUUAUUAUACAAGCGUCAACUGACGGUUAUGAUUCUACCGGUAUUCUAAGCCUAAGCAAGUGGAAAAACGUAAAACCCGGAUUCGUCUGUAACGUAACAAUAUUGACAAAGCCUCUAUAUCAAAUUCAAGUGGCUUUUCGUAGUAUUAACAUCAAAAGCUACACAAGCAACGGAAUAUCGCAUGUAUGUAGGAAUUUUAUUAGGAUCAUUGCUAACGAAAGCUCGAAGUCAAAUAACUUCAACAGUAACCGGAUUUGUGGAAACUCUUCGUCUCCUGAAGAAUUUGUAUUUCGCACUUUUUCAAAGAGCAAUGUUAUAACCAUACAAUUCUACAGUGACCCCAUUGAUUAUAGCUUUUCCUUCACUGGUUUCCAAAUGACUUUUACAGUUUUUAACCUGACAACCAAUGGAGUGUGUAAAGGCAAACAAAGAUUUCACUGUUUCAAUUCUUUUUGUAUUUCGGACGUUUUAUUGUGUGACAGCUACAACAACUGUGGGGACUAUAGUGACGAAUCACAGUCUUCUCUUGCGUCAUGUGACAUCAAUGAUUUCCCAGUUUCUCUCGAAUCGAAAUCAAACGUUUUUAUCAUCAUAAUCUUCGGUACCUUAACAUUCAUCCUCUUCCUUGGAUGUGUACUCCUUUUCCGAAUUCAAAAUAAAUUGAUUACUUCGUGUUUGCGGGGUCGAAGGUCUCAACCAGAACCUGCCAGAAGGUGGCGCUUUAUGGGAUCCAACAAUGCUCAAGAAAGUGUCUCGACAGUUUCUUUGUCUGUCAGUCAUUCCCUACAUCCAAGAGAAGAUUUUAUCACUGAUACAACUUUACAACGUGAACUGCCACCUGCGUACGAAGACGCGAUUAGAGCGCCACCUCCACUGUUUACUGCUCUCAAUGCCCAACAAAUAAACAAUGACAGUAUUCAGGUUUAACUGCCAAAAUAAGAUUUUAUUCCGUUCUUAUACACAUUAUAUGUACGUAUUAUAAAAAUGAAACCCCCAAGCUAAACCAUUAAUUUAAACAAUGGUAUACUACUGUUAUGUAUCUGUAUGUCUAUACUCUAAAGUAUAAAUUAUAUUGAUAUAAUUAUUUUUGUACCAACCGAUAAUACUAUACGUUACAGUGCCGAGUCCGAGAGUAAAUAUAUGUUACAUAGAGGGCCUUGUGAGUUAUAGAAAAAUUCGGAAUUUAUGUGUGUGUAAAUUAAAAUAACCUGGGCUUGGCGUGGCCUAGCGAUUAGCAUGAUGAAUUGUGAAUCUGAAGGUCCAUGGUUCGUGCCUGCCCACGACAGAUGCACAACAAAUGAUUGGCCAACCCAAAACGGGAUAGGCCCCCAACUCUUUACUGCACAGGGAGACGGAGUGUAGCGAGAGGGGUUGUGACCAUUCAUCACAAAAGAACGACGAAGUUUUUUUGUUUUUUUUGUAGGGACAGCGUAUUUUUUAUUACUGUAAACGAAUAACCCAUUCGACACUCCCAUGGCGACAACGUAAAGUGGUGAGUAGACGUAUUAGGUCAUACUUCCUUGGCUGACAAUGUAUAGAACAAAAUAACAUUGAAUAUGUUAUUAUUAUUAUUAUUAUUAUUAGAGAUUGGAUAUAGCCUAGUUUUUCACGUGGCCAAAUUGUGAAUCCGACGAUUUAUGAUUCUCGACCCGUUGACGCAAAACUGUACUCCAUACUUUGGAGCCAUAGGUACAUUGUAAAAAUUAACGUUUGCUAUUCAAUUAAAGUAGCUUAAGAGUUGGCGACAGUUGCUGCUGUCUGUCAGUUGGAAAUUAGGGACGGCUAGCGUACACACAGCCCUUAUGUAGCUUUGCAGGAAUAUCCAAAAGAAAUAUCCAAACCAGUCUUUGAAACCAUUGCACAGACAACGUGGAUGGGACCAUUCCACGAAAAUAUCACCCAUCAAUUAAAUUUCGAAGUGCUAACUGGAAUUUUUAAUUCAUCAUUUUCUCAACCA